AUGAGUGCCGAUUUGGUCUGGGCUAUCAUCAAGAACAACAACUCUUUCCUCGUUAAGCGUCAACACGUUCAGUUCUCCUCUGAACCCGCUAACUUGAUGAACGUCAACUCCUUCAAGUACUCUGGUCUUGCCAACUACAAGACUGUCUCUGUUCUCCCUGCUGCCCGUGGUGUCCGUGUUACCACCCGCAAGGCCAACAAGCAAAACUCCCCCAAGAAGUCCAUCAACACUGUUGUCAUUGCCAAGACCCGUCGUCAAACUUCCAAGUCUGUUGCUAACUUGAUCGCCAAGAGCAAGUACAGACCUGAUCUCCGUGCUGCUGCCGUUGCCCGUGCUUCUGCUCUUCUUUCCACUCAACAACCCAAGAAGGUUCAUGCCAAGCGUGAGUCCAAGGGUCCUCGUGCUCAAAAGAACUAA